AGCGCAAGCGUCCCCUCAAAAGUUAGGGUUUCAUUUUAAUGAAUUCUUGAUUGCUUUGGGCGUGCUGCCUCGCUUCAAGGCUCGGGUCCGGUAUUUUUCAUAAUUAUUCAAACAAAAUUCAAGAUUUCAGGUGACCCUUUUCUUCGAUUUUGAAUUGGUCGAACCAGUAGCUCAGAUCAAAUGCUCAAUUUCGCCUGCAAGGCGAUCACGCCUUUGAGGCUUAGGGCCAAUAGAUCUUCGCUAACUCUUAUCCAGUUGUAUGUAACCAAAUCUGGGGAUGAAUCUUUAGAACGAGCGAAGAAGAAAAGCUCUUUUGUGGUUACUUAUCUGGUGGAUAAAUGUGGGUUUCCUCCAGAAAGAGCUAUUUCAACUUCUAAAUAUGUGACAUUCAAAACCCCAGCUAAACCAGACUCAGUGCUUUCCUUCUUGAAAAUCCAUGGAUUCACAGAAGCCCAGGUCUCCGAGUUAGUUCGAAAAUGCCCUUCACUUCUGUUGUGUCGUCCUCAGAAUACCCUUUUGCCCAAGAUUGAAUUUUUCAAGUCUUUAGGUUUCACAGUGGAAGACUACACCACUAUGCUGUGUGGAUCCCCUUCCAUUUUCACCAGAAGCUUAGAGAAUUCCCUUUCCCCAACAAUAGAUUUCCUUAAACCGUUUCUGUCUUCUCCAGGUAAACUAAAGGUUCCCCUGAAACGAAAUCCCUGGAUUUUAUCCAGUGCAACCCGUUCUAAAAUAAAAGAAAGCAUUCAAUGUCUGGCUGAAAUGGGUGUGCCUGAAUCAAGAAUCGCGCACUAUCUUCACCACCAGCCUAGGUUGUUCACCAGGGAGAAAGAUGAGUUUGUAAAGGUUUUGGAGGAGGUCAAGGGAAUGGGGUUUCGGCCAUACAGGAAAACAUUUCUGGUUGCAGUUCAUGUGUUCUGUUCCAUGAGUAAAUUGACCUGGGAAAAGAAGAUUUGUCUGUUUAAGAAGUGGGGGCUCACCGAGGAUCAGAUUCUUGAUGGGUUUUUGAAGCAUCCUUGGCUCAUGGCGUCCUCCGAAGGAAAGGUUCAGCAAGGAAUGGAAUUUUUGGUCAACAAAAUGGGGUUCAAACCUUCUGAUAUCUUGAAAACCCCUGUUAUGCUUAUGCUUAGUUUGGAGAAAAGGACCAUUCCUAGAUGUAUUGUUUAUCAAACACUGACAGGGGAGGGUUUGUUAGAAGAGGACCUUAAGUUACUUACUAGGAUGUUGCUUGCGUCCGAAAAGAAGUUUGUUAUCAAGUUUGUAAAGUGCUAUGAGAAUGAAGUUCCCGACUUGGUCAAGCUUUAUUCUUUAUCAGACUUGAAGCAUCCAAUCCAUCUAGACCGACUAGACAACCACUGAGGUGAAGACAGGCUUCUUGAGGUUCCCCUUCAAUUUGCUUCAUAAAUUUCAAUCCAUUAGACAUUUGGAGCACCCAAUUCAUCUCAUUUGGUACACAUUAAAUUCUCUCUUUUAUUUUUUUCUACCGGUGUUAAAAAUCCCAUUGUCGCGAUGGACGUGACAAAUGUGAAUAGUCAUCAUUGAGGCAGCGAUCAUAGAUAACAAGCGCAAUGCCUAUUUUCUCAUUCUU